UCCAAAAUAUCUGCCUGCAAGAUCCAGAAAGGACACAUUAAAGUCUCUUCCCGGAAGAAAAGAUCUUUAAAGAAGAAAAAGCCUAAAAUGGGUCUGUUGAGCUCUAAAACCCUGAAAACCAAGCAAGCCCAAAUUCUUCUUCUGGGCCUUGACUCUGCUGGGAAGUCUACUCUCCUUUACAAAUUAAAGCUUGCUAAGGAUGUUAAAACCAUUCCAACGAUAGGUUUCAAUGUGGAGAUGAUCCAGUUGGAAAGCAAUUUCUCACUCACAGUCUGGGAUGUUGGAGGACAGGAGAAAAUGAGAACUGUCUGGAGCUACUACUGUGAGAACACUGACGGGCUGGUGUAUGUUGUGGACAGUGCAGACAAGCAGCGACUAGAAGCCUCCCGGAAAGAAUUUAAGCACAUUUUGAAGAAUGAACAUAUUAAACAUGUGCCGGUUGUCAUAUUAGCUAACAAACAGGAUAUGCCCGGAGCUCUGACGGCCGAGGACAUUACCAGAAUGUUCAAAGUGAAGCAGCUUUGCAGUGACCGGAACUGGUAUGUGCAACCCUGCUGUGCUAUCACAGGAGACGGGCUGACGGAAGGAUUCAGGAAGCUGACAGGCUUUGUGAAAAGCCACUUAAAAUCAAGAGAUACUUUAGCAUUCGUCAAGCAGAAAUGAGGCUGUGAAAAGGUCCAAGCCUCAAAAGAGACGCUGAUGAGCACACGGUAACUCUUUUCCAUGUCAAGUGAGAAAAGCAAGUAACUGCGUCGGUAAACUUUUCUUCAGAUGUUAUUUCACCUCAUCUCAGUUAAACAACUCUAGAAAAUACCUAUUUUUAGCUGAGAGCUUUUAAAACCCUGUGGUAAUGAUCAUUGAGAAGGUUUACUAUAUUUUGUAAAAUCUUAACAUGUUAGAUGAUCCAGAAUAGUAAUAUUUGGAACAAAUAAAUUAUUACUUUAUUAAUUUUA